AUGACUGACUUCUUGGAAGACUGGGGCUCUGGCUCCAUAUCCACCAACCAGACCCAGCCUGCACUCACCUCUACCUCCAAUGGGACCUUGGUGACUUUCCAGGGUUUGGAGCUGGUGCAGAAGCUGAAGGCACUGAUCAUCUUGCUGUAUACGGCCGUGGUGGUGGUGGGCAUGCUGGGGAACUGCUUGCUGGUCCAUGUCAUUGUGCGGGUGAAGAAGAUGCACAAUGUCACCAACUUCCUCAUUGGGAACCUGGCUCUGUCUGAUGUGGCCAUGUGCACCACCUGCAUUCCACUCACCUUGGCCUAUGUCUUUGAGCCCCAUGGCUGGAUCUUCGGCAGCACCACAUGCUACUUUGUCUACUUCAUGCAGCCUGUCACUGUCUAUGUCUCUGUCUUCACUCUGGCCACCAUCGCCAUGGACCGGUACAUUGUCAUUGUCCACCCGCUAAGGCGCCGCAUCUCACUACAGCUUACUGCCUACAUAGUGCUCUUCAUCUGGAUACUCUCUGGCUGCUUGGCACUCCCAGCCAUGGCCCAUACCUACUAUGUGGAGCUGAGCCAGCAGGGGAUCACCUUGUGUGAGGAGUUCUGGGGGAAGCAGGAGAGCCAGCGGCAGACUUAUGCCCUCUGCCUGCUGCUCAUUACUUACCUCUGCCCCUUGCUGGCAAUCCUGGUCUCCUACACCAAGAUCUCCCUCAAGCUUAAGAACAGGGUCAUGCCAGGCACUGUCACCCAGAGCCAGGCUGACUGGGACAGAGCCAGGCGCCGGAGGACCUUCUGCCUACUGGUCAUGGUGGUGGUGGUCUUUGGGGUGUGUUGGCUGCCUUUGCAUACUUUCAACCUCAUCCGGGACAUCAACAUCAAUGCCAUCGAUGCCUAUUAUUUCAGUCUGGUCCAGCUGCUGUGCCACUGGUUUGCCAUGAGCUCUGCCUGCUACAACCCCUUCAUCUAUGCCUGGCUGCAUGAUAGCUUCAGGGAGGAGCUAAAGACGUUACUUGUUUGGCAGAGGAAGGUAGCUCCCUACGGACAAAGUGUGACUGUCAGUGUUGUUAUCUGACCAGCUGCCCUGAACCUUCUUACAGGGUCUUGGGGUUUCAGUGAGCUACUGAAGGGCAUUUGGUUUCUUAAGCUGCAAAUGAAAACAGUGAGACAUAAGAAUCAAGUGCAUCCAACCCUGGACAAAGCACACCCUGCCUGACUCUACUUUGAAAUCUGUGGUGACCACUCCCAUUUAGAGGCCAUGGGUCUCUGCAAGGAGUGUACAUGAAUUGUGUACUCCAUAGGCUGUUUCUCUGCAAGCACUGGUCUGGAAUAGGGAAGUCUGGGACAGUGCAUAUGGGAGGCAUGAAUCCACGUUAAGUUUAGCUCCAUAAAAACACAUCAUAAACAUGCAUAGAGAUUUCCAUUGAAAAUUAGCAGGAAGUAUUUCACUUGAAAGGAGGCAAGGGACAUCUCUGCUUCAUGUUAGGAAAAAACAUCCCCUGAAAGAAGAUUCAGCGCAUAAGAACACAACCUGCACAACUCUGGUACUUGCUGUGUUAAUGCAACUUCUAUUGCAGAUGCUUGGCACAUCUUGGAACUUAGCAUAUACUAAGAGUAAUGAGGCAUGUUGAUAUAGAUUUCCAAAUGGGAAACAAAAAAUAAACAAGAGAUGCUAGUGGUCAAUAUUUUCCCUAUUUUGUGGAGCUAGAUUCCUUCACAAUAUUCAGGAUUAUAUUUUGUGUUCCUGGUGUCUCCUUUUAAAAAAAAAUUGUACCAUUGUGGCUAUCACAGCUCAGAAGCUUAGGAAAACCUUGCCAUGUGUCAGAAGGUAAAAAAGAAAAGGCCAAGGAAGAAAGGGAACACUGCACUGCUAUUCACUUUUGUACCAAACGUUGUCUUCAAUGGAAUUCCCUUACUGUGGCAGUGGGGGAGGGACAAGCCACCCUAUAUAAAACUUUUUACAGACUAGUUUCUGCAGAUAGAUGUACAGUGUGACCCAGAUACACAAGGAUGGGACACAUACUUCAUUCUAUAUAUUAGAUACCUGACUAGGAACAGUGGAGUAGGGAGUGACAAAUGGCAUGUACAAGAUGAAUAGUAUGAAUACAAGAGCCAUUAAAGUGAAGACGUGGCAAAAGCAGAGAGAAAUGCUUUUAUUUGAGGUUAGCUCAUUCUCCCAAGAAGUGUACAGACAUACAUAUAAAGCUUCUCACUAAAGCAGCUUUUCCUCUUGACCAGCUGCUGAAAUUACAUUGCAUCUUACAACCACCCAUAUCAACAGAGGUCUUGCUCCCCAGUUGUCUAGAUUUUUAUCAGGUCGUUUUUCACCUUAGUGUCAGAUCAUCUAUGGUGUUGGCUAUAAUCACCUAGAAAAAAAGGCAGCAUGAGGAAAUUGUGAAUGAAUGAAUGUGCAAGGGCU